AUGGAAAAGUUGGUACUGGCGCUGCUUCAUGCUUCUAGAAGGCUGCGCAGAUACUUUACAGGGCACAUAAUCACAGUACUUACCAACUUUCACAUCGGCACAAUAUUGCAAAAACCAGAGACGUCUGGGCGGUUAGCAAAAUGGGCGAUCGAACUGGGGGGCGGGGGGCACAACAUCUUGUAUAGGCCGUGCCCAGCCAUCAAGGGUCAAGUCUUGGCGGAUUUCGUCACAGAAAUCCCAGUGGAAAAAAUCAAAGAUUGCGAGAUUGUGGAGACUCCCGUGAAAGACACAUCUAAUGAGUUGUGGUUACUAUACACUGAUGGGGCAUCAAAUGAGGACGGCGCAGGAGCAGGGUUGCGCCUUGUGAGCCCCGAGAAGCAUGAAUUUACAUACGCCAUCAAGUUGAAUUUCAAGAACACCAACAAUGAGGCGGAAUAUGAGGCAUUCCUGGCAGGCUUACGUCUCGCCAUAAAAAUAGGGGCUCAAAAUCUACAAGCACAUGUCGACUCGCUUUUGAUCGCCAGUCAAAUCAAUGGAGUUUAUGAUGCAAAAGGCGAAGUUAUGGCCUUAUAUUUGGACCAGGCGAAAGAAUUGCUACAACAAUUCAAGUCAUACAAGGUAGUCCAUAUCAAUCGCUCCGAAGACAAACCAGCGGACGCCUUGAGCAAGCUCGCUUCAACUUCCUUUCAACAUCUCGCCAAAGAUGUAAGGAUUGAAGUACUCAAAAAUCCAUCAGUCCUGCUGCACCAGGUAAAUGUGAUUGAAAUAGGGCAGCCAUCUUGGAUGACCCCUAUAAUUCAAUAUCUGCAAGAAGGAAUACUCCCGGAGAGCAAAGCAGAGGCAAGGAAGAUUCAAAACAAGGCCCUGCAUUAUGAGAUGAAUGGUGGCCCGCGCAUGGUUGUCGCGAAGAUUAUGAAUGCUGGUUAUUACUGGCCAGAGAUGCAUGUCGAUGCUCUAAGGGAGUUGCGCAAAUGUGACUCAUGCCAAAGACACUCCCCGAAAACCCUGCGCCCGAAGAACGAUCUUAUCCCUGUAUCCACUGCUUGGCCUUUCCAGCAGUGGGGAAUUGAUAUGGUGGGACCUUUUCCUGAUGCUCCGGGAGUCGUGAAGUUCAUAAUCGUGGUCGUUGAUUAUUUUACUAAGUGGGUGGAGGCCAAAGCUCUCGCCUCAACUACUGCAAUGAUGGUGCACAAGUUUAUCUGGGAGCACAUCAUUUGA